UUAGGUUUUGUUCCAGUUCCAUUCACAUGGUUUCGCGCCAUUCGCCACUGAAUAGUAUAUUUUGACUAACAGUUCAUUGUUUCAAGAAAUUAUAGCAACUUUAUUAAAUUUCUUAUAAUGUCUUCUCGAUCAAAAGAUAGAUCAGACAGAUCAUCAGAUCGACAUUCACAUCGCGACCGCCGUGAUUCUUCGCCGAGACGACGCCGGCGUUCGGAAAGUCCUCCUACUAAACGUGAUGAAAGAGAACUACCGGAAGGUUUUGGUCCGGGUGCUGAGCGGAGGGAUACUACAGAUGAUAACCUCAAUGUUCUCCAGCGCAUGCAGAACAUCACAGGACCAUUGGAGCUGCUUUCCGAUAGCGUGAAUAAUGGCAAGGAGCUGAAGAUUUGGACUCGUAAUUUUAAAGAAAUAAGAGGUAUCUGCACUGGCAAGCUUCUUGCAUUUGAUAAGCAUUGGAAUUUAGUUUUGAAAGGUGUCCAGGAAGUGUUUUUGAAACGUAAAAAGGCGAAAACGCCUUUUCUAAGAGACAUAAAUAGGGGGGAGGAAAUCCCUGAUUUGCCAGCACGAGUUCCAAGAACAAAGGCCAGCGCUGCUGCAACUGGUUCUUCAGAAAAUGAACCUACACCUGUUGCACCAAAUGGAGGGGCUGAGAAAGCUACUAAGGACUCGGAUGAUAAGAAGGGUGAUGAGAAGAAGAAAAAAAGAAGAAGGAAGACCAAGAAGAGUGCUAAAGCUUCAGAUCGAGAAUAUGGCUUGUUAUUCAUUAGAGGUGAUAACAUCGUAAUGAUAGCUUACAAAGAGGAAGAGUGUAAAGAAGAGUGACGUUCGAAAACUUGAAAUUUUGCAAGUGACUUUGCAUCUAAGUGUAAGUUUUAAUGUUUCUAAAUUGUUGUGGUGCAAAAUUCAUUUUUUGUUACAUGUGAAAGUGUCAUUUUUUAGUUUUGAAUGUUCCCCAUAAUUAUGCAUCUAAGUUAGCAUUUUUCAUUUCAGAACUUUUUUGUUCAUGCUUCUGGAAGUGAUAACAAAUUAUGUGUGUUUCAUAAAAUUGAUCAUUAAAGAAAAUAUUC